CCUCCUAUUUUCCAAGAAAUUAUUUUUCGAUAUCAGUCAAUUUUCUAAAACCCACCAAAACCCCGACUCCGACGGAGAUUCGCAUUUUCCACCCAACCAAACACCCGCCGUCGGCUGCCCCAUGUCCGCCAGUGUCCGCCGUGUGCACAGCACUUUCCAGGUACAUUUCCACACCCUCAACUCCUCCCAAAUCCUUCGCUCCAAAACCUUCCAUUUUUUGGAUCAGUUUUUGCCUCUCUCUAGUCCUACUUCCAGCUCUUUGAGCUCCGUCAAUCCCAACGAGCGCCGCAAGAUCGCUCUUGGGUUGUCGAAGAUAAUCAAAUCCAACAAAGGCUAUGUCUUGAAGGGAUUUUCUAGAGAGUUCUGUCCAAUCUUUCUUGUGAAGAUAAUGAAAUUGUUGGAAACUCGAGAGACUGCUUUUGCAUUCUUUAAACUUGCGUUUAGGGACGAUUCCGAUGCGGUUGUGAGGUCUUGUUGUGUCGCAGCGCAUUUGCUGGCGGCGGAGAACCUCCGGUUUCUUGCCCAGGAUGUGGUUUCUUGUGUAAUUGCCAAAAUUGGUUCUAGUAGGAGUAGAGAAAUGGUGGAGCUUAUGUGGGCAGGUCACUGCAAAUACGAGUCAGAUUUCUCUGUUCUCGAUACGCUUAUGCGGGGUUUUUUGAAUGCGGAAAUGGGAUAUGAGGCAUUGGAGGUUUUCGCUAGGAUGAGGGAGAUGGGAGUGAGGCCAAGCUUGUCAGCUGUUAACUGUUUGUUUAAGUUGUUGCUUAGAAUUGGUGAUUAUGGUAGUGUGUGGAAGUUAUUCCGAGACAUGGUUCGUAACGGUCCUAGACCGUGUAAUUAUACGUUUUGCAUGUUGAUUCUUGGAUUUUGUCAAAAAGGGUUAAUGAGAAUCGGAGAAAGUUUGUUACAUGUGAUGCAAAAAUUCCAUUGUGAACGCGACGUAUUCGCGUACAACAUUUUGAUCAAUGCGAAUUGCAUUAGGGGGCAGACUGCCAAGGCACUAGAGUUGAUGUGUUUAAUGAGUGCAAGUGGUUGCAAUCCAAGUAUUGUUACCUUUAAUACGAUCUUAAACGCCUUGUGUAAGGAGGGAAAUGUGGUGGAAGCAAGGAGGGUUUUUGAUGGUCUAUGUGAAGGUGGUAUUUCUCCAAAUACCAUAAUAUACAAUACCAUGAUGGAUGGAUAUGUUAAGGCAAGGGAUGUUGGUCAGGCAAACAUGCUUUAUGAAGAAAUGAAGAGAAAAGGUAUAACUCCUGAUGGCAUAACCUUCAAUAUCUUGCUCGCGGGCUAUUACAAGUAUGGAAGGGAAGAAGAUGGAGACAUGUUGUUAAGGGAUUUAUCGAUUGCAGAGCAUUUUUCUCAUAGCUCAUUUUGUGAUAUUUCAAUUGCUGCAUUGUGUUGGGCCGGUAAAUUGGAUGAGGCCAUGAAAUUGUUAGAGAGUAUGCUUGAGAAGGGAUUACCUCUGAGUGUGGUUUCUUUUAACUCGAUAAUUGCAGCUUAUAGCUGGGCCGGGUUGGAAGAAAAAGCAUAUGAAGCCUAUAAGACUAUGAUAGGAUUCGGUUUAAGUCCAUCGUCCUCCACAUGUAGUUCCUUGAUAAUGGGCUUAUCAAAGAAGGGGAAGCUAAACGAAGCCAGGGAGCUUUUGUGUAAAAUGAUAGAGAAGGGAUUUCCUACUAACAAAGUGGCUUUCACGGUGCUUUUGGAUGGGUACUUUAGGAUGGGGGACUUGAAUGGCGGACGAAGCCUGUGGACCGAGAUGGAACAAAGAGGGAUAUCUCCUGAUGCUGUUGCCUUCGCAGCCUUUAUCAAUGGACUUUGUAAAGCAGGUUUGGUGGAUGAGGCAAAUGAGGUGCUUUUAGAAAUGACUAGGAAAGGACUGGUGCCUAACAAUUUCUUAUACAAUUCUUUGAUUCGUGGGUUUUGUAACAGUGGGAAACUGAACGAAGCAUUGCAGUUAGAGAAAGAGAUGAGGCAAAAGGGUCUCCUUCCAGAUAUCUUUACGGCCAAUAUGAUCAUUAACGGGCUUUGUAAGCAGGGAAGAAUGAAGUCAGCGAUCCAUGCAUUUAUGGAGAUGGAUCAGAAUGGAUUGAAGCCAGAUAUCGUUACUUUUAACACUUUAAUUGAUGGCUAUUGUAAAGUGUUUGACAUGGUUUCUGCAGAUCAGUUUGUGAAUAAAAUGUACGCGAGUGGGUGGAACCCGGAUAUAACAACGUAUAACAUAUAUGUCCAUAGUUUCUGUAGUAAGAGGAAAAUAAACCGAGCUGUGAAGAUGUUGGAUGAACUUGUCGGGGCAGGUGUUGUCCCAGAUACAGUAACAUACAAUACUUUAUUGAAUGGUGCUUGUGGUGACAUACUAGAUAGGGCUUUGAUUUUAACCGCAAAGCUCCUUAAGAUGGCUUUUUUCCCAAAUGUUGUUACAACUAAUGUGUUGUUGUCUCACUUCUGCAAGCAGGGGAUGCCUGAGAGGGCCCUAAUGUGGGGCCAGAAGUUGAGUGAUAUUUCAUUCGAUUUUGAUGAAAUCACCUACAAAAUAAUGGCCAGAGCUUAUCAUAGCAUUGAGGAAGAUGCUGAUGUUAGAAGAGAAACUUCUAGAAAAAGCCUAUUUUUGGAUGCCCUUAUGUACAUUACGUACGAUUAUUUUAGUAAAAACAAACUGUGUAUUGAGGAAGCCCAGAAUCCUCUUAUGCUAAUUGAAAGUAGCCAUGGAGGGUCCUGAAAAAGUUGGCUAGCAUCAAAAUUUUUUGGAAGUUCAUAUGUUGAGCAUCCUUUGCUAGUGAAGUUUAAGUAGCGGUAAUGGGGGUUAAGUAGACAGAAGCUUGGCUUUCUGUGACAGCCCGCUUAGAACUUUGUGACUGAAACUGAAAAACACAUCAGAGAGAAAGGAGAGGAAAAAGAGAAGUAAAGUUGAUGCAAUGAGAAGAGAUGUGAUGGUCUUGCAGGUUGGUUUACCUGCAGACAUUAGAGGAUUUGGUGGAUUCAGUUGAAUCUUUGUCUCUGGUAUUGUACUCUCUUUCGUGGAAAUUGCUCUCUUUACCAGCAUAUUUCCAGUGUAUUUCUGAGUUCUUCAUAUGUCAACCAGAAGGAAUAAGAUACCCAGGUCCAAUUGUAUUCAAAGUGGUUGCUGCUAAAAUUGGCUCUUCGAAAAGGCCCAAGUGGUCUUCACUUGGUGUCAGAGUUGAUACCUGCAAGUCGCGAUGAACUUGGCCGCAGAAAGUUCAAUUCUUUAAGGAUGGAAAAACUUCAGUAGGUAACCGUACUAAGAGAAAAAUUUGGAUGCUGUUCUUACCAUAUCUAUCCUCUAGCCACAAAGUUGCUUGACCAAAUUAUAAAUUAAGCGUACAAAAGCACCUCAUUAAGCAAAAGAAAGAGAGGAUCAAAUGUUAUUUGCUAGCAUGGAUAUGCCCUUCCCUUCCAGACAUAUUUAAUGCAGGCAAAACUUUCUGGGUGUUCCUAGCCUUAGGUUCACUAGU